AUGCUACACAGAAGUUAUGCCAAACUAAGUCAAGCAUUUUCUUGCUUCUCGUGCUUCCCUAAACGUCGUGUCAUCUUAAGAACUGUCUCGUAUAUGCCCAAAAAAAAAAAUUUUUAUGAAAUUCUUGGUCUCAGUCAAGAUGCAACUCUUGAAGAAAUAAAAAGAGCUUUCGCCGAGAAAUCGCGGGAGGUACAUCCUGAUGGAAAGAAAACUAUUCAAAAAAGUUAUGAUGGCCAGUCACCCACAGAAAAAUUCAUGGAAAUUAAAGCUGCAUACGAUGUGCUUAAACGUGCAGACAAAAGAGAAUGGUAUGAUCGUCAAGUUUCUGUUAAGCAAGAAACAGCAGACAUUUGA